GUCAUUCUGUUGGAGACUGUCAACUUCGCUGCUGAAAAGCACCGCAAUCAACGACGUAAAGACGCUGAACAAACGCCAUAUAUCAACCACCCAAUAGAUGCUGUCAGCUGCAUCUGUUAAUCUGUUAACAGUGCACAGUGUGGCAAGGAUCCUAAGCCAUGAAGGUGGGAUCACAGACAUUGAAGUUUUGCAAGCAGCUUUGCUCCAUGACACAGUGGAGGACACUGACACCAGCAUAGGAGAACUACAGGCCAUCUUUGGGCAAACGGUGUCUCGAAUUGUUCAGGAAGUGACAGAUGAUAAGGCGCUACCCAAGCAUGAGAGGAAACGUCAGCAGGUGGAACAUGCACCUCACGCCAGCCACCAGGCCAAACUGGUCAAACUGGCUGACAAACUGUACAACCUGAGGGACCUGAACCGCUGCACACCUACAGGUUGGUCGGCAGAGCGUGUUCAGGAGUACUUUGUGUGGGCAGCCCAGGUAGUGAGAGGACUGAGGGGGACCAACCCAGCACUGGAGAGACAACUAGAGGAGCUCUUCAAGCAGAGGGGGGUUGAGCUUUGACACCUCUCUACUUCUGAUACAGGGUGGCACAACACAGCAACUCUUGUUGCACACUUUUGUAAAGAGUUCAUGUGAAAAGAUUUGAGCAUAUUGUCUUCAUAAUAGGAGCCUUCUCCAUUGAAUAAACUCUUAGCUCUCAUAAGAAUUUAUUUUUUAUGGCUAAUUUAUUAUUCAUUCAUUCUACAGUAAUUUGCAUACAUUGUCUGUAGAACUGGCAAACCAUCAAUGUCACCUUGAGUUUUCUCGUAUUGAAUAAAGCAAAGAUAUGCAUAAUUUUGUGAAGAUGAAAGGCUGUUGUGGAAAUUCACCACCAUGUCAUGGAAAUGACCACCAGGGACACUUAAGUCAAUCUUAAAUGAAUGAUCCUUUAUUAUCAGCGCGCUGGAGAGGUUCCAACUCAAUGCACUAUAGAACAUGUCAAUCAGGAGCUCUGCUGGGGCAGUCCCAACUGUUGUCUUCUAUAUGGCUAUACACAGACAUGUUAUAUUUGCAUAAUUCAUUCAUCAUUACUGUUUUGUUUCAUACAUGUGACCGAUCAGUACUGGUUCAUAACAUGUGACAGACCAAUACCUCAAGGCUUCUUCUCUCUAAGCCGAGACCUUGAAACUGAGAACUUUUGUUCUUAGAAAAGCACAAACGUUAAACAUUUCCAGCACAGUUACUUUUGUAAAUCAUAGUUUGCAGGACUCAUCUGAAUUCUGAUAUGUGUUUUAUCACCUACAUUGCAUCUGUUGCCUUUUGUAUCAUUAAUACUGACAAUCAAAGAUGGGGUAGAAAAUACAUGUAAUAUUUAUCCCCUCAAUAAAAAAAAUGAAUUACACCAUUUUAUUUUAUUUUACAUUUGAGUCAUUUAGCAGACCCUCUUAUCCAGAGUGACUUAGUUAUUGCAUUCGUCUUAAGAUACUAUAGCUAGGUGGGAGAACUACAUGUCACAGUAAGUCGAUUUUUCAUAGAUAAGGUCAGAGCUAGUAAGGGGGGAAAAGUCUAGUGUAAGUUAAUGAAAAUCCUUUGGGGGGGGGGCACAGAACCAUAUAGAAUUUCUUUGUAUGCUGUACCGUUAAGAUUUCCCUUCACUGGAACCAAGGGGCCUUGGCCGAGCCAUGAAAAAUAUCCCCAUUAUUCCUCCUUGACAAAACUUUACAGUUAGCACUAUCCAUACCUUCAGCACUCGGUGGUCCUAUUCUGUGAGCCUUGUGGCCUACCACUUCGCGGCUGAGCCGUUGUUGCUCUUAGACAUUUCCACUUCACAAUAACAGCACUUACAGUUGACACUCAAACCUCAAAAGUGGUCUCCUGAUGUGGUUUAAGCAUUGUUAUGGACUUAGAUAAUAGAAUUACGUUGUUUUCUGUAAGAAAAAGUGUAACAGAACGAAAACCUUACAGAAAUGGGGAAAAAUCUGAAACCUGUGAAUUUGUGACUCAGUUGGCAGCCUCAUUUAUCUGUUUCAGUAGUAGGCCUACUAUUAGCCUACUGCACAGUACAGCAUGGGUUGGUCUGACUGUGAAAGACCAAUAUGGGAUUCAACAUUUUAGGUCAUUCAUAGUGUGUCACUGUUUCUCAUAUAUUUCCACACAGGGCGCCUUUCCUUCGCCGGACGAGCCCUUUGGCAAAAUGAGAGUAUACCCACUUCUCCAGGCACCACUACAGCCCUGGUUAAAUAUGUAGGUUAAAUAUGUAGCAUCAAAUAUGGUCAAGAAUAUUGAGUUCUCUGAACUCACUACUGAUUCUCUGUUGGAGGGAUUUACAUGUCAACUUUGGUUCAAGUUUAUUCGUGUUCUUUGGACCGUGAGAUUUUCUGAAGCUCCUGGGUAGAAUUUGCUUAAAAGAUGCAGCCAUUAUUUGACUGCGGUGUUCCUUUUUAGGCAAUGUGUGUACAGGGCCCUUACUCUAUUUUCUUACCCUGAAUCUUCACAUCCACUUUCAAAGUCUCUCCCCUCUGACGCUGUCCUUCAAUUCAUUUAGAGAAGGCGAGGAAAGAGGAUGUGGCCAAUCAGAAAACCUAUGAGGAAGAGCCAUGGAUUGGUUGGCUAGAUUAAGGAGGCACUCUGAUUGGUGGGCUGUGUGGACACAUGAGAGGGGGCCAGUAGAGUAGCAGCAGGUUCAUAAUAUCAGCAGCAGCAGUGGGGUCAGCUCCGCUCCACACCUACUGAGCACUGGGGCAUCAUGCAGAGGAAGAGUAGCUUCACUGGUCUCCUCAUCACUGCUCUGUGUGCAGUGGCCUCUGGUAAACUCAGAGAAUAUCACUAUGUGUCUGAAGAGAAGACCUGGUCAGAGGCUCAGCAGUACUGUCAGGAGCACUACACUGACCUGGCCUUCAUCAGCAACCAGGAAGAAGUAUAUCAGCUCCUUCCCAUUUCAAGGGGUGAUUGGACCUGGAUUGGUUUGCACAGAGAUGCUAACGACCCAACAGGAUGGACAUGGUCAGGAGGAGAGAACUCAGCAUUUAGGUUUUGGAAGUCAGGAGAGCCAAACAAUGCUGGUGGCAUUGAGGACUGUGUCAUGGUACAGUGGGAUAUGAGAUGGAUGGAUUCGCUUUGCUCCCGGACACUCCCCUUCUUAUGCUACAAGGAGAAGCUGAUCCUGGUUCAGGAGAUGAAGACGUGGGAGGAGGCUCUGGAGUACUGCAGGGGUCACUACACCGACCUCCCCAGCCUACUCUCUAAGACUGAACAUCUCCAGGCCCAGAGCAAGAUAGAGGGUGCCCAGACCGACCAUGUGUGGACGGGUCUGAUCUUCCUGGCCAGAGAAUGGCUCUGGGUGAACGGGGACCACCUGGAGUACCAGGCCUGGUCUGGCGGGAAGCUGCCCCACUGCCCCGCUCAAUACCUCCACUGUGGGACCCUGACCAGAGAUGGAGAGCACUGGGGAACCAGGAACUGUGAGGAGAGGAGGAACUUCCUCUGCUACAGAGCGUGAGCCCCAGAGGAGAGAGAUAUUACUGUAGUAGAUAUGAUUAUCUAUGGAUGCUCUCUACUUAUUACAAGUUAACGCUGUGAUUGGUUAUUCACCCUAUUUACUUGUUGAUGCAUAUAAACCUAUUGGGUUUAACCCACGGGGCGGCAGGUAGCCUAGCGAGUAGAGCGUUGGGCCAGUAACCAAAAGAUUGCUGGUUGGAAUAUCUGAGCCGAAAAGGUGAAAAAUCUGUUGAUGUGCCGUUUAGCAGGACACUGAACCCUACUGUGCUCCAGUGGCGCCGUACUACAAUGGCUGACCCUGUAAAACAACACAAUUCCUGCACCUUUCUGGUCUAUGUGACAAUAAAACAUAUAUUUUUGUGUGUGUUUUCUACAAUAGUCUACUAUUUUUGUUCCUGUAGAUACCGUGUUUAUGAUAGUGGGUGCUUUGUGUGUACAAAGACCAUAACACUGGGCACAGAUAACACUGGGCACAGAUGUCAGUUCAAUGUCUAGUUUUGAUAACAUUUAAUUGAGUUGGUAAUUAACUUAUUUUUUUUACGAUGUCAUUCGAUUUAGGUAGGGUAAAAUAAUAUAGACAAGAAAUCACGGAAUUCCUUCAGGUUGAUGACUCUGCAAAUCCAAUCAGUUUUCCUCUUUGAUUCAUCCCCAUCAGAAUGAGAAACAGUAACAGUAGAUAUGAACGUACACAUCAUGUAUUGAAUAUCAUGUAAGGAAACCAACUGUUGGUAUGAAAUAAAUAAAUAACUUA